GUACUCUCUAUGUCUUUAAUGGCGGCAACCUUAUUUUCCAAACAAUAGCGUCGCUUACCGGUUACUUACUUUUAUUAUUGAUUAAAACAUAAUAUUUGCAUCAUUUACUUAUUAAGGUGAGAAUUUUAAUGUCCUAUGAGUUUUCCUCUCUGAAAAUUAUGUAGUCUCUAAGUAUUUUGUAACAGUUCACAUGUCCAAAAAAUGCAGAAAUUUGACGAAGUUUAUUCUGCUCCAUAUAAUUGCGAGCUAAAUUAAAAAUAGGCCAACAAUAUUCUACCUGUUUCCGAUAGUUUGUAGGCAUGUAUGUUGUUAUAUUUUUUAACUUAGUUAUUAACCUAGAUAAUGAAAGUUUAUGUAUUAAACUCUGAAAAUGUAAACUUUGACUUUUAUUAUUAUUAUUAUUAUUAUAGUUUGUUGCAUUUUUUUUAAAGUCUUUAUUUUUUAAUGUGAUUUUAAAUACUUAUUUAUUUGUUACUUUUUUUAGUUUUAGUAGUUUUAACUUGGCUUUUUUAAACUGAUCUGGUUGAUAAAAAAGGCUCCAGUUGGCCAUAGGUAUUCAUAGGCAAAGUCUGCAGUUUACACUAGCACUAGAUAUAUAGGCCUAAGCAAUAAUAAAUGAAGGGCUGCCUGAAGGAAAUAGCAGAACAAGGUAUGUGGAACUUCGUGGAAACUUGAAAUAGAAAGACAGGACAAUAAAUAAGAACGUAUACCAUUUAGGCGUAGGCUAAGACUAAGAGCCUUCAGUACCUUCCUCAGCACAGAGGAAUGCUCUUAGCCGAAGCAUCUUUUUUAUUGUCCUGUCUUUCUAUUUCAAGCUUCCACAUACCUUGUUCUGCUAUUUUCUAUAGUCUAUACUCUUUACUUAGACUAUACAAGCAUAUCGGGAAUUACUGAUUGAUAUGCCUCAGUACAUUGUGCGAUGCCAAUUAUUUACUGUUGAUUAUUUGUGUAUUAUAAUAUAAUUGUAUAAUAGUUAUGUUAUAGUAAUGUUACUAAUUUAUUUGGCCAGUUUUGGCUAGGGAUUAGAAGAGACCAGGCCAAGUAAAAUAUGUGAUGAGUAGAGUACCCAGAUGAUAGGUUGACCAUAAAGAGUGCAAUGCUUCCUUCCUCACUCUGCCUAAUUCAAGGCUUUGGCAAAAAUACAAAAUACAACUACCACCCUAAAGAAAUGUUUAAAAUAUUACUUUUUAGUUGUUUUUGUUCUAUAACUUUUUAAAAUGAGACGUCGUUGGCAUUGUUGGUUCUUUUUUUGCUCUUUAUUGAUAGCAUGAACUGCACCACCUCAUGAUUAAGUUGUAAUCUAAUAUGAAAAUGGUGUGUUGUCUGCAAAGAUGGAAAAAGGAAAAAUUGCACAUGUACAUCGCCACAAUAACAAAUUGAUCACUGGGUAACCCCUAAGGUUCAAAACACACACACACAACACCCCCCCCCCCCCCCCACCCCCCCCCCCCCCCAACCCCUGGCGUAAUUUUUUGGUGUGUUUUGCUUAGAAUAAUCUAUGCCUAAGUGUAAAUGCCUUUUUGAAAUGAAUAAUAUCAGGGUUAAAGAGAACUAAUGAAAUGCCUUUUAUUGGCCUAAACUUUUGAUCCUAGAUAAAGUUGUUACUGCCCUGCUAUGCUUCCUGCUAUGUUGCUGGUAAAUCAUUUAUUUGUUAUUUCCUUGCUAAAAACAAAGGAAUUUCCAUAAUAAACAUUGCAUUAAAUUUGCUUUAAACUCUUUACAUCAUCCCUCUCUUUUUCUCCCAUUAGUAAUUUAAAAUAUUGCUCCUUGAAUUUAAUGCAGUCUAUAUAAAGUCAUCCUGGCAAUCUAAAAAAUUUGCAUUUAAAAACUCAUCAGAACCAUAUCACUUUAUUGAAGUCCCUACAGUUGCAGACAAUUUUAAUAUUAUUUGGUAUCUGUUAUGGUGUUGACAUUGAAUAAAUACCACAAUUUCACAAAAGAACAAAGAAAAGCCAUUCAUGGGGGAUAUAUGAGGGUAUAUUUAGAACAAAUACAAAUUUUGUACAAAAAUGAUAAAAUUCCAAGCAUUUUUUUAUUAAUUGCAGAUUAGCUAGGUUUUCUCUAUUUAAAUAAUCCAAUACAGAUUAAUUAAUUAAAUGGACAAUGUUAAUAUUAAUACCUGAUAAUAAAUGGUGCAGCCCUACUUUACAUAUAAUAUUUAAUAAAAUUUGGCUUAUUAAUUUUACAAGUGUCAAUAUAAGUGUAAUAUUAAAACUACUAUAUUUAUAAAAUUGAAAGGUCUACAGAUUUUAUUUUCUGUUUUUAAGUACAACCUCUCCUCAUGAUAUAUUGUAUUUUGUUGUGCUUUUUCAAUCCUUUUAAGUCAAUGCUUUUCUCAGGUGUCAAUGACACUGGUUUAAUGUAAAGGUAAUAUUAACUACUAAAUACAUUAAUAGCCACCUAGAUUUAAAUCUUUUUUAAUUGUAGUUAACCAAUUAUCAAUCAUGGGACAAAGAAAGAUUCACAUAAUGUUUGAAAUACAUUAUUUCAUAAUUUUAAAUAGAUGCCAAGGUUGACAAGGAGGAGUGUUGCAUCUAAGAGGGAGACAACGCCAGAAGCAGAAGAAAGCUCUAGAUCUACCAGUCGGGGCAGAAGGUAAAUGUGAAUGUCUUGAAACUUAUAACUAUCAAUAUUUGAACUCAUUUUUAUGCCUUGCAUUCUGAUGAUGGAAACUUUUUUGAAACCUAUUAGCCACUAAAUAAUAUAUUUAUUUAUAUCAAUUUUAAAAAAAAAAUCUUCAGAGGUGCAAAGAAGGAAGAACCAGCACAAGAGGUUGUAGCAAUAGGAGAGCCUCAGGGUGCACCAGCAAAGAGAGGAGGUCGACAGGCAGCAAAAGGUAAAUACUAUUUUAAAGUGUGUAUUCUUUGGGGGGGGGGGGGGGGGGGGGGAUUCAAAGAUCUACUCAGUUUUAUGUGAAUAGUUAUAUUUUGAAUUUGUAUCCUUGAUUUUAAAAUAUACAUAAUGUUGGUUUCAUUGUGUAAAAUGUGAUUCCUUAAUUAAUGCUAUUGGCAUAGCAAAACAUAUGAGCAUUUUCUUUUCUGUUGUCUAUAGCUAAGGAGGUUGAGUCGAAAGAUGAGACACCAAAAAAGGGUCAAAAGGCUGCUGGAGGUGUGAGGUCAGCAUCUCGUGGGAAAAGAGGAAAGAAACAAGAUGAAUCUGAGGAGGAGGAGGAACCUCAAGAAGAUGAAAGCAAGGAGGAAGAAGCAGAAGAAGAGAAGCCUCAGAGGGGUGGUGCUCGUAGCCGAGGGCGUGGGAAAACAGUGGCAAAGGGUGGUCGUAGUGGUGCCAAAGGUGGGAAAGGGAAAUCAGCAGAAAAAGAAGACUCUGAAGAGGAUCAAGCUAAAGAGGAUGAACAGGAGGAGGAAAAGACAAGGGCUAAUGUUGUCAAAACUCCAGGCAGUCGAAGCAGGGGAAAGGCUGCCCCUGUCACGCCAUCACCUAAAGGUGGAAGGAAAGGUCGUGAUAAAGCUGAGCCAGAAUCAGAAAAGGCAGAAAGUGAAAAGAAAGAAGAUGAUGCUCCAGAUGCUGAAAUUAAAGAAAGUGCUGAUCCUUCGUCAGAGAAUGAUGUGGAUACAGAGACCAAAGGCAGACAGAGGCGUACCCCAAACAAAGUUUCAGAUGCCCCUAGUGCCACACCACCAAGUGGUGGGCGUAGAGGUAGGGGUCAGAAGGCUGCUGUCACAGCUCCUCCAGCAAGGUCUUCUCGCAGAGGUGGUGCAUCUACUUCGAUUGCUUCAGAAAUGGAUGAACCGGAAGAGAAAGAGGAGCCAAUGGAAACAUCUGCAGUGGAAGAAAAAACGAUUGAUGAAGAACCAGCAAAGAAGACAGAGGAAGAACCAACAAAGAAGACAGAGGAAGAACCAGCAAAGAAGACAGAGGAAGAACCAACAAAGAUAGAGGAAGAACCAACAGAAAAGUCAGAGGAAGAACCAACAAAGAAGACAGGGGAAGAAACGGCUAAGCCUUCAACUCCAUCUAAAGUAAGUUAUGCAUAUAGAAAAUUAUAUUUAAAUUUUAUUUCACUGUCAAAUAACUCAAUGAAAAUGGCAUGGAUUUUACUCAUUUUCUUGAGCUGUCUAUCUUAUCAUGAAUCAUGAUGGGUAACUUUUAAGCUUCUAAACAUUUUGUUAUUUAUAAAUUUAAGACAAAUGGCUCUAGAAAUGUGUGGUGUUUGAUAUAAAACGUAAGGUCAAUGGACAAAAAAAUAAUGAUGAGUAUUAAUAAAAAAAUUAAGCAUUUUUGCACCUUGGACCAACGAAGGAUAGAUAUAAGUCGAUUGUACUAACAAGAAACAAUUUAAAACAAAACAUAAAAAUUUAAGUUUUCUUUAUUGAAAUUAUUCAGAAUUACACCAUCUGGUUAAUUCUUGGGGAUUUGUGAUUUUGUUGCUACUCUGAAAUAACGAGAGGUGUCCAUACUCUGGAGACCCCCAAUGAUGAAUUUUGUGGCAACCUGCUAAAAUGUUUUAAGCUCUCAAUAUGUUUAUAACUACAAUUGAAUUUGUCAUGAUUUUUGUUGUUUUUGUUAAGAUCAUUGUAGUAGAGACUCAUUUCAGUACUGUAAUAUUGUAAUUUUAUUUCAUUUUUAACAAUGGUGCAGAAUGCUCCAGAAGAGUCAAUAAGUCCUAGUAAAAAAAGAAAACUUGAAGAAGAAGAAGAAGAAGAGGAAAGGACUGUGAAACGUCCAAAAGUGAUUGAGAAUGAGAACUCGGCUUCAAAGGAUGAGCUUAGUGACUUUGUCAUUGUCAACAAAGAAGAUGUUCCUCCAUCUGACAGCAAGGAAGUAAGCACUCAUUAAAAGCAUAGAUCAAAUUUAUAAACAGCUUUCUUUGGUCUUUUUAAGCUCUAGCAUUUGAUAACAGUAGGAUUAACUUGUUUUCAGGGUACAAUAAUAAAGUACUUUCAAUAAAGUAAGACUUACUUUUUUAAAUUAUCCUCCUUUCAGAAGAAAGUUCUCCUAUGGCUGUAUUUAAAAGCUUUUCUUAUAACAAUAAAACGUAAUUUAAAACAUUUUUAUUUUUUUUCCGUAGUUCUUUAAUUUUCAUAAUUUGUUGAAAAUCUUAAAUUAAAUUUAUUUUUGAGUGUCAUAUACAUUUGAUUUUCUUUGUAGCUUUGGCAUGAUUCAAAACAUUUCAUGUUAUUCUUUUCUUUUUUUUUCAGGUAUCUGAUGCUCUUGUGCCAGAUGAACCAGAAGUGGAAGAUUCAAAACCUGAUGAACUUAGUAUUGGACCUCCAGGGGAAACAAAUAUUUCUUUUGUUGUUCCUCUCACAGAAGCUGAGCUUGCUAAGCAGUAUACCAAGAAAGUAAGUUAUUUCCUCAGACAUACUGUUUUUUUGGUUGGGUUUGGAAAUGGUUUUUAUGUAUAUAAAAUAUUUGAAAAUAGAAUAUUUUCAUAAUUCAUAAUUGUUUUAAAUUUUAGUUUAAAAUAAUUGAUUAUUGCAUUCUUAAUAUUUAUCUAUGAACUGGUGUCUCUUAUUUCUAAUAUAGCUGGAUGUGGAUGAAACAUCUUCAACCUAUGUUGAGGUAGGAAGUGAAGCUGCAUCUGACAUCACUGGUUUGUCUUCUCGUGGGUUUGAUGUUAGUGAUGCUCUUUCUAUGGACUCCUCUGCAUCAGCUGAACAACCAGACCAAUCUAUGGAGCUAUCAUCAGCAUGUCCACAAAAUGCAGAGGAUAUUUGUUUGAACUCAUCUGAUAAUGCUUCCACUACAGCCCAGGAGAAUACACAAAAUAAUGCAACUAUUGAUGUUUCAAAUGACACGCAGGUAGCUUAUCAGCAAGCUGUUGAAGUCAGCAUCAAUAUGAAUAAUCUGAAUUAUGAGCGAAAUGAAAAUGCAAAGGAAAUCGGCGUAAAGAAGGUUCAGUCUUAAGUCCAGUUUCACAGUUUCUGCCAUUUUUGUUGUUCAAAUUCCAUUUGUUGGUUUCCUUUAACCCCAGUUCAGAUUUGUUUAAUCUUUUUUGUGUUCAGAUUUGAAUUUUUUAACUGGCAAAUUUUAACUGCCGUUUACUGCCUGAGCCAAUUAUUGGAAUUGUUAUUUUAAAUAUGUUAAGUGGUCAGUUUAGCCUCUAUUUUUGUUAAAGUUGAACUAUUUUUUAACUUAUUAACCCACUCCUGUCUACCAAGAAAGGACUAGAAUUUUUCCUGUAAAAUUCAAUUACAAAUUUUCUAAUUUAAAUGUUUAUUUAGUGAAUAAUUUAUGAAUUAAUUAAUUAGAAAUUAACUUCAUUAUUUAUUUUUAUAAUAUAAUACUUAUUAGAAUUUUUUUUAAAGAGAUACAUUAACAUUUACUUUUUAUUUAUUUUUGUUAUUUAUUUAUAUUUUUACAUUGUAUCCUUUUAGAGUUAUUGACCUUUGUUUUUAAGAAAAUUGAAGGAAUUACAGUUGAAAUUGAUUAGGCAUCAGUGGAUUAAACAAAUUUUUAAUUUUAAAAAAUAAAUAAAAUAACCAGUUUCUGGUAGUUUUGAAGAUAUUUUAACCAAAUUUUUAAUUAAUAAUUGUAAAAAAUAUGUUCAAUGUAUGAAUUAUAAAUAAAAUAUUGUUAUAUAAAAAACGUUUUUUUUUAAAUUCUUUUUUUUUAAUUAAAAAAAUUUUUUGCUGAGCAACAGUGAGAUGUUCAAGAGCUUCACAAUCAUGAUGUCUGUAUGCAGUUUUCUUUUUUUUUUUUUUGCUCGUAUUAAUUUAGAAAAUCAUUUAUAUUUUUAUAAAAGUUUUCUUUUUCUCUACAGUCCAUUUCGAGGAAAAGUGCGAGGGUUGAUCCUUUGGAAAUGUAUACACCAUCUUCCACUGGAAUUCUUAACCGCAAGUUUACCCUCAACCCAAAAUUUCCUGUGGAAAUGAUGGAUCCUGCAUUUUGUUUCAGUGUUGUAAGCUACAAUAUUUUGGCUGACUGUCAUUUGCGCAGGUUAGAAAGAAGAAAAAGCAAAAGUCUUUAUAAUCAGCCUGGUAAAAUUAUAGUGAAGUUGUAACGUCUGAGGGUUGAAGCAGAAGCAUCUUUGUGGAGUUUGUAAAUAAUGUUAUUUUAAAUUAUUUCACAAUGAAACAAUACAAGCAACAAAAAAAUAUUUCUAAUUGUAAUAUUAAUAGAUGGAAUAUUUAUUUGUUCAUGCUGCCAAAUAGAGUUAUUCUUUUAGUUAGGUCCUAAUUGUCUAUUUUGUGUACCUAUGUCCUAAAAAAAAACAGUUUUUAAAUGUUAUAGCACAUAAAUCCCCAAUCUUAUAUAUUCUUAAUUCAAAUCCUCUUUGGAUUGAAUCAACCUGUCAAAUUACCUUAAAACUCAUCCUCCAGUCUUAAUGUGAUUCUCUCUUUCCCUAAAACCUAAUUUUUUUAAAAUUUAAUUUUAAAAUUUAUACUACAUACAAACAUCAACUAAUUUUUACUAUUAUAUAAAAAUCAUAUAAAAACAUUGGUUUUUUAACUUUCACCCGGAAAUAUAUUUUUAUACUAAUUAACACCCUUACCCAAACUUGAUGAACCCAAAAACUUUUUUGCUUUAUCACAAUAACACCCAUAUUAAGAAUAAUUUAUCCAAAACAUUUAUGGAGGCAUUUUGUAUUAUCGGUAUAUUAUAAAUGCUGAGCUACUAUUGACAUCUAUAGAGAAUCUAAAUUGUUAUGGGAAGGAUAUGUAAAAACUUUGAAACCACAAAAUCAAAUAUUGAUAAAAAAUCACUUAAGUACUAUUAUAAAAUAUUUGAAAGUAAUCCCAAGUAAUGAUGUAAACUGUAGAAACUCAAUGGGAACAAUAAAGAAGUUAGAAGAAAAGACUGGUAAUAUCUUCAAUACUUUUCCUUCUCUUUCAACUACUCCUAUCUUACAUAGAGGAAAAAAAUUGGAGGGAAACGAAAAGGAAGUUGAAAAGUGUUGAUUGAAAUUAUUUAUGGAUGAAAAAUGAAAGUUUAUUAUUUGACUGAGAUAAUUCAUUAAAAUUAAAUGAUCCAAAAAUAACUUCCAUAAAUUUGUAUGUCAAAUGUGUGUGUCGAGGACUACAUGGUAGAAAUGAAACCUAUGUAAAAAGAAAAGUAGCGUUAUUUAGUAAGAAGUGCAGCUUUUUUAAUAAGAAGUAUCCGUUAUGGUUAGGGGAAUUAUAGUCACAUUGGAGAAAACUCAAUGUCGUUUUUUUUCAGAUGAAAAUAUACUAUUUUGGUAAAUUGAUUUCAGACAGUGGGCAUGCCUCAAUGUUGAAUUUUGAUCAAGGUGAAACUUAGCACAUGGGCAGUUAUUAUAUAGAUCUACCUAGAUUCUCUUAUAUUAUCGACAAAUUUGUCUAUUUGAGAACACAUGUGGCCAAGUUCGUCUUUGUCCAUUAUCCAAUGUGUUAACUUUUGGAUGAGUCAGCCAAUGAAUAGAUGAGAUGUUGAUGGCACACUUUUAAUUUCUUUCUAUUAUUUAUUCAUGCUGUUAAAAUGAUAUUUAUGAACUCAACUGCCUAAUCCACAUUGUAGUCUUUGUAAUUGUGAUUAAUUUAUUAAAUAUUUUUAAUACAAUUUACAAUUAUUGGGUACAAUAAAUAAAUACUGAAAAAUUAUAAUCGGUAGCCAAUAAAUCGGCGUCCGUUUCAGCUAUUUGUUUAUUGGGGUACUCUUCUAAAAGUGUAAGCAUGUGGAAACAAAUUAUCAAGGAUACUAAAUUAGUCAAAUCUUGUUACAAAGGUUACAUAGUUAUUUUUCGGCUUGGUUAGAUAUUUAAGAUUUCUUUCAGUUCAUACUCUUACUAUAAGACUAAUCAUAAAUUAUUUGAUAUGGAUAUAUCUUCCUCAGAAUUAAAUAAAAUUAAUGCAACUGGCAAAAAUAUCAAUUCUUUUUGAUAGUUGCAAAUAACUGGUGCUUAAAAGUAAAAUCAGACUCCUCUUAAGGCAUUGACGUUAGUAGACCUCUUGUUAAAGUUAAUCAGUUACUGUGAAAUUUAAAUGUAAUUGAUAAUUAGCUACACACAAAAAAAUAAGUUCAUUACCUUGACCCAACUCGGUGUAAAUAUAAUGAAAUUAUCUUUUAAUUCUAAAAAAUUCUAGAAAUUCUAAAUUUUUUAAUUUAGUUUUUUGUGUAUUUGAAUGUCAUUUUCUAAAUUUCUAGUGAGAGACUUAAGCUUAUAUAAUUUAACUGUUUUACCCAUUAAUAACAAUUUAAAAUUAUGAAAGCCCUCAUUAAAUAAAAAAUAAAUCUAUAAAAGCAUAAAGAUAUACAAAAAAAAAAAGAUUUCAAUAACCACAAAAUGUAGAUUUAAAAAAUGUAUCUAUACUUUUAAAAAAAAAUCUCAGUCUCAUUAUUGCUUUAUGCGCCUAAUAGGAAUUUGAUCUGAGUAUCCUUUGGGGGGGGGGGGGUUAUGAAUGCAUGUCAGGUUGAUUAGAUGGUUGUUUAGAUGCCUGCUAAAUAUAUUUGACUGUGCCUCAUUUUUUAUUCAUCUAGAAUUCUUGUCUUUUUUCUGCAGAGGAGACUAUUCGUACACAAAACUCCAGUACCUUGACCAAGGCUAUCGAAGCAUUAUUUUACUCAAAGAACUGGAUUACUUGGAUGGUGAUAUCUUGUGCCUGCAAGAAGUCAAUCCAGUCUACUUUAAAAAUGUUUUGGUUCCUGCCAUGGCAAGGUAGGAAAGUCAGUUAUCGUUUAUUAUGGUCUUCUACUAUGAAAAAGCCAACAUAACAUUUACAUUUUACUCUGUUUUCAAAGUGGUUCAUUGUCUCUACAACUAACUGGGCUUGUCACCGUCUUGAAUUUCAUAACAUCUUCAAUGUGAUAUCCACAAUUAGUGUUUAAAAAAUCUAAGAUGCCACUUUUCCAUCAAUUUGGCCAAUUUCAUUUAUUAUGCGUUCCUCAUGGUGAUUUUCUUUAAGUACUCCUCUGUUAGCAUAAUCGAGAAAUAUAUUUGAUAGUGUAUUAAAGAUUUUUUAAAAUAAAUAUGAUGAAAUAUCCUUUAAAAAAAACUAAAUAUUUUUUAAAAUUUUCCAGAUUUCAUGGACACUCGAAUGUAUCAUUUAAUCACUCAUUAAUGUUUUGUAUUGUAUUACCUUCAGUCGGGGCUAUGAGGGCAACUUUAUAAAGAGAACAAAAGAUUACUGGGAUGAAGGUGAAGCCACUUUUGUGAGAACAUCCAAGUUCACAGUUAUCUCAUCUGAGGGUUUUUCUUUAAAAGAUUUGGCUUAUAAGGUAGAGUCGGAGCAGAUUAACAACACUCUACAUCAUUCCUUACAGAGUGCUUUUUGUUUUUAUAUGCUUUUAUCUAUCUUCCGCCUUACUACCUCACAUAGAAGACGAUCAGGAUGUAUUUUUUUAAUUAUCCCUACCAGCCUCUAUUGUAAUCUCCAAAGAGCAAUAGUAGUUGACCAUCUGUGACCACAUUUGUUAGGUUUUUUGUUAGCUGUUGGGAUAAAAAAAAUUAAGAAACACAAUAUCCCUGCCAUCCUCUAUUGUGUUUCUUAAUUUUUAUCCCAACUUCUUAAAGACUCUAACAAAUGUGGUCACAGAUGGCCAACCAACUGUUGCUCUCUAGAGUUACCUUUCAUACGAUUUGGAAUUAUGGUUUGGUUAUUUUCCUUUUAAGCUAGGAUUUUCUGAUGGUAAGAAAGUUUUACUUAACCCUUUACAAUCCAAGCCUAUUCAGCCUUUUCUACCCCCAGCGACCAAGCAAGGGGACAUAACUCCAUUUUAAAUGGUCUUAAUUUACAGAAAAUAAACUAGAAGCAAGAAAAUAAAAUUAAAAGUACCUCAAAUCAAAUACAUGAAUUAAGCAAAAGUUGCACCUUAAAACAGUCGGGGACCCUCCCACUUUGAUUUGUGAAAAUUCCUAGACCACUCAUGAUCUUGCUGAUCUGUUUGAGUGGAAUUGAUAGGUUCGUUGUCAUCGAUGUCUCUACUAUUACUAUUAUCUUCUUCAAUUGAAUCACUAAUAGCGUCAUUUAAAUUAAUGUCUAUAUCAGAUUCUUCACUAUUGCUGCUAGACUCAUGAAAUAGUGAAGCUUCAUUAGUCUUAAGCUCUUUCAAAAUUUUAUCCAAGCCUUGAAAAGCCAUUUUUUACAGGAAAAAAAAACAAACUUUUAUUUUUAAAUGUAGAAAAUGAGCCCCUCAACACACUGCGUUUAAACUAGUAUCAAAAUAAAUGCUGACAACGAGGCUUUCUUCUGGUAGAACUAUUAAUAGUAAUGCCGCGCUGUGCUAAGCGACGAAGUAAAAAACCCCAAAAUGGGUGGGUUUUAAAAGUUAGCUUAAUUGAAAGUUUGUGUGGAAAUUUGAAAUAUUGAGGUGUAUUUCCUAUUAAGUUUCAAUUUUAUUUUUAAUGCUUUUAUAAUUCACUAAUAUAUCUUUAAAGAUUGUAGUACAGGUAACUAGAAACUAUUUAUAACAUAUCAAUAUUUUGGGUAUUUACUGAAAUUAAAUUAAAAACAGAAAGGCUGAAUGUUCUUGGUAAACUUUGCUUUGUCUGAUUGUAAUGCUAAAUCUGAUUUUUUUAAAAUUUUAUUUGUUUACAUCAGGAAUUGGAAACCUGUCCUCUGAAUGAAGAAGUUAGUCAUGCAGCCAAGAAAUACUUAGACAGAGCAGAUGUUAUUUUGUUGACCCAGGUUAAGUGUAAGAAGACUGGCAAGUUGGUAACCAUCUGCAACAUUCAUGUUGUGUAUUCUAAUGAUGCCCAAGAUGUGCAGUGUAUUCAGGUAUUAAUAAUUAAUUGCAUACAUUAUUAAAUAACUAAACAUGGAUAACUACAAAAAAUUGUUCCUUUAUAUUUAUAUAGUAAAUUUAUUAUGGUGUUUGAUACUCUUGUCGUUUCUGCUAAAGUAUCCUGUACAUGUAUACUAUGGCGUAUUUUUCUCUCUUUAUAAGUACAUCACUUCCAGCCAAUCUUGACAGAUGUGUUAAUAAAAUUAUUUCGCUAAAAAAAUUAUUUGCUUUUAUUCCAUGAAAUUGUGAUUAUUUAAGCAACAACAAAUUUAUUAUAUCUUCUUUCAUUUUAAAUGUCUGAUUUCAUCCUACUUUUGUAUUUUAAGUUACUAUUUUAAAAAUAAUACUUUAAGGAAAUAAAAAUUGUACUGAUUCUUCAUAUCAGAUAUGUAGUGCAAUAAAUAAAACGGUGAGAUGGAUUAUUUAUAUCAAUUAAUUAGAAACUGUAAGCACAACUUACUUCGUUCAGAAACUUUGACCAGACAUGGGGUUGUAGAGCUGAUAGCUCUUUUCAUCCUCAUUUUACCGUCUUUGAGUUUAAUUUACUUACCUAAUUGUUUUCCAUUUAAUAAUAGAUAAUUGUUGCAUUAAAAAACUGUUCAUUAUAUAGUUUACCCACUAAUAACUUACACGGCCAUUAGGACUUCAGUCAUUAACAACUGGUCGCUGUGUAUCAGCAAGUUGCCCUGUAUUUGUAAUCAUUAAACAUAAAGGUUGUAAAAAUAAGCCGUGACCGAUUUAUCACUGAAGCUGUCUGUGGAAAAUAACAAGUUUUUCUUUUUAAAAUUAAGAGAUUAGCCAUUAAUAAUAAUUCUUAAUUUCUUUCCUAUAAAGAUUUGCAAGACAAAAAAAAUCAGUUGAGCAUGUAUUUGAAACUAACUCUAACUUUACUCCUUUUUAAUUAUGUAUUGAUAAUAAAAAAUGAAGAGGUGAUUUUCAAAAUGCUGAAUAUCCAUUUUUGGGGUUUUGAGAUUAUUCAACAAUUUACAAAAAUAUUAAAUAUUGCGUUUAGAGAAUGAAAUCAUUUUUAAACAAGAAUAAAAUAGGAAUGUAAUGUGUUUGUAAGUAAACUUUACCAUGUCUUAAAAGAAACCUGAUUUGCUCUACCGAAAGGUAAGUUUUUUUCGAAAAUGGUGAUAACAUGUUUUGAAAAUAAGCUCUUCAAAAAAUUUUUUAACUGUACAAGUGUAAAGGUGUGUGCAGUCAUUUGUAAAGUACUAAAAAUUUAGCCUACACCCCAAAAAUUCUUCAAUGGAAUACAAAUUUUCCUUAAAAGACUCUGCACACUAAAAAAACACUUUUUUUACUUUCUUUCAUUUUAUUGUGGUGUAAGGAUAUAAAUUGUUCACUUUUGACAUCAUUUUUAGCACCAUAUCAUUUUAGGAUCUGUAGUUUCAUUAAUAACAUUAAGUGUACCAGUGAGUGUCUUGAAUGAUUUAAUGUUCAAACUGUUGCAGAAAACUGCUCAUGAAUGCUAAUUUUGAUCUUUCAAAAACCCUUAACAGCAGUCAGGUGUCUUUUUGUGUAAGGUUUUAUUAUUAUUAGAAAGUAAUUUCAUAAAGGACUAUUUAACAAACUGUAUUGAAUAUAUUUAAUUUUACCAUGUAUAUCUGCUAACACUGCCUUAUCUUUACUCUUUUCUUACAUAUUUUUGUGUGUGUUUAUUUACCUAUGUUAAAUAUUUCCAAUAUUUCAUUUUGUCAGUAGUUGGAGAAUGUGCAUUUAUUUUCAGCAUACUCAAAAACAAAUAGAUAUUUUAACUGUUGAAUAGAGGCAUAUCAUUAACAUAAAAAUAUAUUGAUUUAUUUUUAUCUUUUUAAAGGUGGCCUCUGCCAUCAAGAAGCUGGUGGCAACAGCUGGAAAUGACCUUUAUCCACACAUCAUUUGUGGAGACUUUAACUCCAUCCAGGGUUCACCGGCACAGCAGCUUGCCAAAGAUGGAUACCUGUCAGAUAAUGACAUUAAAAGGCUUCAAGCCAUAAAUUCACUUACUCUUAAAGAUGGCACAGUGAGUGUUGAUUUAAGUAUUAUUUUAUUAAAAAGACUCUGUUGGAAAGAGUAGAGCAGUGUGGUGGCCUGUUAGCUUAUAGCAAUGUAUACUAUAAGUAUAAUGAUUACAUUUAUACUGCCACAACAGUGUGCUGGUCUGCUCCACUCUCUUCACUGAUUCUGUCAUGUUUCUUGUUCAUCCAAACUAUGAUUAAAUUCUUUCCUCUUUGUUUUAUGGAAGUCAUUUCAAGCAGUUGAAAUAGUUUAAAUACAAAAUGAAGUUAUUAACCAUAUAAUCAGUUAUUGUAAUAUGCCAGUUUUAAAUGAGGUUAUUUUCUUUGUACAAUUUGGUGCAUAUAUUUCAAUUUUAACACUCUUUAUUAGCUUGUGUUAAAGAAUUCACUGAAUAUUUCAUACUUAACAAAUAAUAAGAGAUGCCCUAAAAACUAAAAGGGUGGUAACCUCUUCUAUUUAAGAUUAAGUGCAAAAAAUGUUUAUAGGAGUGUCUCUGUAAGAAAAAAUGAAAAUCAAUUGUAAUGAAAAUCAUUUAGGGCCAAUUAAUAACUUAAUAUCUUUAAAUAGAAAUUUUAAGCUGCAUUUGUAAAUCUGUAUGUGUAUAUUUCAUUUACAAAUUUUUAAUUUAUUUAAACCUUUACAAGAUAUUGUUUGAAUUUAAUUGGACUGGCCCACUUUGGCCGCACAUACUAAAUAUUAUUCAUUAAAAUUACUUAAGUAAUGGCUUAAAUUUCUGAAGAUGGUGAACAUUAUGGUUUUAUGUACUUUGUCUAAGGCAUCUAAGAGUUGACACCAGAAAGUAUUAAAAAUAAUGUAAUGCAACACAAAACAAUCAUUCUUGAACUUUAUUUAUCAAAGUGAUGACUUUAUUUCUUAUAAUUUUGUCUAAAAAAAAUAUCAGUUUUUUAAAUUUUUUAUUUGGAACCAUCUUGAGUUGUUUUUCUUCACUUUUAAUGCUGUUAUGAUUGUACUAAAACAGAAAGUAAAAAAAGUAAUGUAAACAUAGUAGAGGUAACAGAUGUGAAAAUUUAGGGAAUUUCAAUGAUCCACUGACAAAAGGGUCAUAUUUAGCUAUUGGGACAGAAAGGCCACCAUAUGAUGUAGUAGUAUGAUAUAUAUAUAUCUGUGUGUGUGUAAGUGUAUGUAAAAGUAAUAUGAUCAUUCUGACUUUCACUGCCAAAUGUAUUGUCUCUAUAGUCUAUAUAAUGCAGAUCUGGAAUAUUAACAAAAUCUAUCACCAAAAAAAUUCUUCAAGUGUGUGAAUUCUUUUUAUUUCAGACUUGCGCUCUCAUAAAUCACAUGUGGGGAGCAUUUCAACACACAUCAUCAAACUUGAAAAGUGCUUAUGAAAUUGCACUGGUAAGGUUGUAAUUGGCAAAGCUCCACAAAAGUUUACAUAGAGUGGUGGUACUUUACAGAAGUAGUUAAGUAGGAUACCUUGGCAAGCAAUGUAUUUUUUUUCUAAAAUAAUCAGUCACUUGGUAAAGCAAUAGCUAAAAUAAAUACAAGUUUGUGAAAUUUUAAAUAAUAUUCUUAAAAACACCUAUUUAUUACAUCCUCAUAUUGUCUAUCAAGAAACUAUUUGUUUACAAUGUUGUUAUUACAAAAUGUCUGUUUAUGAUACAUUCAGAGCAGUUGAGAUCCAAAGUAUACAAAGUUGGGGCUGCAACUUGUGGAUUGAUGGUUAGCAAUAAAGGGAACAAAAUGUGCGGAUUUUUUUUUUUAUGCAUGUAUGUAUGACUUGUGAGAUUGAGGAAAAAAAGAUUAGAAUUUGAAUUGUAGCAUUCUUCCAAAAUUCCAGGGCAGAGAACCCACGACAACAACCUAUACAUCAAACACAUAUGGCACUUUGGACUACAUCUUCCAUUCAUCCUUCUCACUGGAUACAGUAGGUGUGCUAGAGACAAUUGAUGAGUAUGUGCUGAGGUCAACUGGAGGCCUUCCAACAAGCAGCAUCCCAUCAGACCAUCUCUCUCUCAAGGCAGUCUUCAGACUCAAGUAACUAAAUAAGAUUUUUUUUUUUAUAAAUAAUUUUUAAUUAACAUCACAGAUACAUGUUUUUAUCACAUCUAUCAUUUUUAAGCUGAAAAUUGGCAAUAUUCAACUCUUUACCUACUGAGUGCUGUUGUAUUUGCUUUCUAAUUAACCUAGUUAGGCAUGGUGUCGAAAAAUCAGCUUUUCCAAUUUAGUCUUUAUCCUGUUGCUUUUAAGGUCGAUCCUAGUCAGUAAAAUUAAAAGUUAAUACAAAAACUGUUCUUGCUUAUUGACAAAACAAAAUGAAAAUUUUGGUUCAUUUAUUAAAUUAAUGAAAAAUGCAUUGGAAAUAUUUUUAAUUUCUUUUAUUAGGAAGUGGGAAUUUUCAUUACAACUUAAUUUUCAUGACUGUAAACUUAAUUAAUAUUAAGUCAUAUCAUGAUCUAUAUGUUAUACAUUUCCAAACAGCAUUCAUUUAAUGUUCUCAAUAGUUUCAAAGUCAAGACGAUCAGAAUUUUAUUCAUUGUUUUUUGUCAGCAUAUUGAAUGUUUUUCAUGCACCAGAAAUUAAGUCAGUCUGAAUAAAGAGAAAAACUCAGUAGGCAAAGAGUUAGUUUAAUUAUAAUAAAACUGAUUUGUUCAAAUAUUUGAAGAAGAAAAAACCACUUCAGUUCUAGUAAUUAUGAAGUGUUCACCCACUUUAUGAAAGUUGACGUUUCUUAUCCUGAAUAAAUUUAGUUGAAGUGACAGCUUUCUGGUUGGGUGUUCAUUUUAAUUGGAGUCUGUUGUCCAAAUGACUAUGAGAUGAAAGUACAAAUCUGAUUCUAUUUUAUCUUCUAUUUAGACAUCAGGCCAGUCUAUGACAUCAAUCUUUUCAGCUGUUGAAAGAUAUGAUCUUCUAUUACAUUUAUUAAAAGUUUAAAUCACUUGACAGCUAAAGCUAUUUGUAGGCUAAAUCCCUUUCUUUGUGUCUUUAUUGAGUUAAAAUCAACAUUACUAUCCUUGAAACUAUCACCUGCCUAUCUGUUGGCUAAGGCUAUAAGGAGAUGUUAUGAUGGACCUAUAAGACUUCAUUGUUUCUGACACCAGCUACAAAUGGAUAAAUGAUAUAUAAUCUGGUAAACUUUGAAAAUGUGAAGUUUAGCUUAUAGUUCCAGCAAGGUUGGAAAUGCUAAAAUUACACUAAGCCCUCACAUAAUAAGCUGAAGAAGUUAGUAAAAGCUAUAAUGAUAAAAAAUUCUAUGGCCCUUCAUUUGAUUUAACAAGACUGCCAUGUUGAUAACUUUUAUACAAAUAGUUAUUUUAAAAAAAAUUCUAUUGGCGAAUAUAACUAAAAGGUCUUUUUAUAUUUACCAAGACAUUUCAGAUUAUUAUCAACAUAUUUGUACUGAUACAGCAGAUUUAAUUUUAAAAGAUAGAUUGGGUUUUUAAAAAAGAUUCCUUACAAACCCUCAGUAAGGUUUUACUUAGAAAAUGACUAAGUUUCUCACAAAUUACAGAAAAACCCUUCAAGAUGCCAGGUAAUGCUAUUUUACACAAAUUUAUUUAAAUUUUUUCCUUGUUUGGAAAAGAUACAUUUGAAUUAUUCUUUAAUGAGUUGAUUUACCCCAGUGUUCUAGAUUUAAAAGUUCAUUCAAACAGAAAGAUUAAUUAUUUAAUUAAUAUUGCUGAAGGUUGGCAUGACGCAUAGCUAUUAUUUUAAUUGUUUCAAGACUUGUUAUAUCUUCCUUCGAGAUCAAUUGCAUACAUUCAAAUGGUACAUUUUAUUUUAUAUUUUGUAAGCAACUAUUUUCUAAACCCCACAACUUUUUAUUUUAAAAGGGCCCAAUAAAAUUUCUCAUUGGCAGAUUUUAAAAGAUAUAAUUUUAUUUUUAAUCAACUACUCAAGUUCACAUAAUUCAAAUGGUGAAAGGUUUUAUUGGGAAUCAACAAUAAAAGCUCUCCUCCUGCCUAGAGAGAGCAAAGAAAUUACGGCCUACAAUCCCUUUAAUCUAGCAAUUGUGACAUUCCGUCUAAAUACGAUCGUUAAGCAUAGGGAAUCUUGCUGCCGUCCUAUUUUAUUUCGGGGAUCAAAGAAAGAAAAUGUUGAAAUUAAUGAUAGUAGACAGGAAGAAGGAAGAAAUAAUGUCUUGUCAACUUGGUCACACAAAUAAUUGAUUUGUUGUGGAUGGGCUUGAAUCAGUUGUUUUUUGUUUUCUUUUAAUUGCAAACUACGUUUCAAAAGGAAAAGUUAUGAAAUCAGGUUAAUAUAAAUUCUCAGCAUUUAAAUGAGGGUUUACUGUAUACAGUACAAAAUUUAUUUGCCUUUAUAUCUACAGUGCUUUUAUCGCUGCCCUUUAUCAAAGUCCAGUGUUUAUGGUUUGUACUAUAUUCAUGUUGAUCAUUAUAGUUCACUUUCCAUUUGUUAUAUUUUUUCUCUCACACAGUGACACGACUUAAGUGUUUGUUUUUAAUAAACUUGGAGCCAAGGUUUUUAGCUUUCUGGAUGGGCACAGAAAAAUAGAUGUGAUAUAAACAAGAAGCCUGACUUGUUUUGAAAUGGCAUCACUUAAAUUGUAUUUUUCAUUCAUAACAUUGCACUGUCAGCAUUGAUAGAACCACAUGCAGGAGGAGCUUUUCUUUCAAACAUGGAAACAUGUUCUCAUAGCAUUGUCCUUUUGAUCUUUUUCUUAAAUUGUGGGGGGAAAAAUGUCUUUCGACAGCCAUUUUGAUUCAUUUCUAAAAAGUCUUCAUAAACCUGCCUGCAGUUUUUUUUAAAUUGUGUUAUUGACAUCUGGUGUGAAUGAAAUAUUUGAACAAAUUGGUUGUGUAGAGAUUCACUGGAAGUCUUUAUAUCAUUGUCAUUACAGCAUCACAAGAACACAUAAUAUUUUGUAUUCAAACCAUGUUUCAUUUCAGAGAAUGAGAGAACAGGAAGCUUAGUUAAGCUUGUUUUGUUCCUUCAUGUUUAACAUCCCCGGAUCUGGAGCAGCAUACAAUAUUUUUUCAAAUAUCUCUGGAAUUAAAAAAGACAAAAUUCUCAUCUGUUCUUUAACCGAUCACAAGGGUGAUUUGGGGUUGAACAUUUCAUAAAAUAAAUAUGCAUGUUGUAUUGUAAAAAAAAAAAUUUAAAAAAAAUCACUUACUAUGAUUACGAUAGUUUCUAAAACUUGUCACUGAUUUUGUUAAUUUAAUUGGCGUGUUGUUAACGGUUCCAACAAAAUUGUUUUGAUAAUGAUAUGUUGAAAUUUUAGUUUAAAAAAUAAAAUCUACUCAUGAUAUACGUGUAUCCUCUCAUUGGGGCUUUGAAACUUUUUGAUGUUCAGUUGAAUUUUUUAGUUACCGGUACAAAGAAACUAUUGUUUGUGCUAAUCCUGUUGUAAGAUAUGUUCUGUUUAGUAAUUAAAAUAAAUAAGAGCAAAUCAUUGGAUGCAGCCAAUUCCUUUUACCAUUAAUUAUACCUGAAAGGUGCUGACCACAUGUAACUGAAUUUUGGUGCCAUCCCCUUUUUAAAGUUAUCAAAGAAAUUAUAUGUUAAACAAUAUUUCUAAAGACAGAUGCAGUAAGAGCACAUUUUUAAAAAUACUGUUCCACAUCUUAAAACAGUUUAACAUGAACAUGUUCACUGCAAUUGAAAAAGUACUGACCUAUUUAUUUUAGAAUCUACAUGCAUUAUAUUUGUGGCAUUACAAUUUUUAAAACUUAUUUGAACUAAGAUUUAUAACUACUAAAGAUUUUAAGAAUAGUUUUUUUUCAUAUCCUGCAAUUGUAAAUAUGUUGUUGAGCAUUUCGUUCAGCAUAGUUUGUUCCAAAGUUAUAGUUUUCAUGUAACUUUAAUUAUGUUGUUUAAUUGAAAGAACUUAAACGUGAGAAUGAUUAAUGAGUUUGACAAAGCAUAAUUGUAGCAUAUUUUGUGUCCUACAGUUUGAUAGGCUAACAUGUGGAGUUAUUUUUGUCUCACUUCUAUUCAAAUGAAAUAAAGGUUUCCCUUUUUUUUAAAAAAUUCUUGGAUCCUCCAACAUCAUACACUUAGGUGACUACUGAUGCAUUUUCUAAAUGAUCAUCAAAACUCACAUAUUUUUAAUGACACUUUUGUAACAUCUAACAUGUUAUCACUUACAUGUGAAUAGGUUUCCAUCUGCUACAAUGUUUUGGAUUUUAACUUCUUGGUGUGUAUAGAACUCUUUCUGUGACUGGCAGCUGAUCAUAUAACAUUACUUGUUUUUUAACAUUUAAUAAGGGCCUGUAAACUAACUUCUGUAGUACAUAAUUUAUUUCUCAAUUUUGUCCAUUCUGGUAUUGUGUGGACAACUUCCACCUUUGAGGUUUUCUGCCUCUUGUUUUUCUGUAGCCCAUCCAGAAUGCUCAUACUGUAUUUAAUAUUUAUUUUUUAAUUUUUUAUCAAAAUUUUCUUUGUUUUUACUUUAUAAAAUAAUUUUUUUUUUUCAAAAUGUUCUAAUUCAUUAAAAAAAAUUCUUUGAGAAUGCAAUUUUACAACACAAAUGCCAUCUUCAUAAUUCAUGGAACAGGAGAAUCAUGCUGAACUUUUAAAAUAAGUUUAUAAUAUGACUUGAGAUCAUCUGCCAGAUUAACUUAAGUUCCUUAAAUGUUAAAUCAAAAUUUCGGAUCAGGGCAAUUGUAAUUUUUACUUCAAUAAUGAAAUAACCUCUCUUAUCUGCAAGUUAUUUUUUUAUUGCAAGAUAAUCAUUUUAGAAAUGAAUAAUCUAAUUCUAAGAUUUUAGGAUGGCUUUUUGAAGAUACCCUCCAGUUGGCAUGUAAAAAAUUUUUAUAUUUUAAGCUCACAGAUGUUGAAAGUGAAAUUCUGAAAUGCUAUUUUUGUACCAAUAAACUGAACAGUUGAUAAAUAACAGUAAAUCACCAAGUUAAUAUCCCCACAAAUGUACCAAUAAAACAUUUUAUUUGAGACCCCUUGAAAUAAAUGGCAUGACCUUUUCUUUUGGUCCCUGGAUUUUAAUUACGUGUUUAGAAAAACCUGCUCUUUUAAAUGAUUAGCCCUUAUUAUUCUUUUAUUAAUUUUAUAUUUAACAAUUAAAUGGUAGCUAUUUAUUCAAAAUUGAUUUUUGUAAAAAGCCAAUUUCAGAUAUUAUGUAUCCUCCUAAUUUUAUUUUAAAAACAUACCUAAAAAUUUUGUCUGAAAAUUGUUAAAUGAACAUUUCCGAACUGGUGCAUGGUGUGUUUCAUUUAGUUUGUGACUAGUCUUUAUAAAUAAAAUGGAGACUUUAAGUUAGUAUUUUAUAAACAUUGCCAUUUAGAGGGGAACAUUUCUUCUCUCUGUCAUACUUUUUUUUUCACCCAUAAUUUUACAAACUACUAUUGUUAAUAAAAUAUCUUGUUUGAAUAGCUUUGAGAAAUGGGGAGAGAUUUAAUGAGAUACAAUAUUCAAACACUGCUUUUUAUAGCUAGUGACUUACUAGUAAUUUAGAUGCCAUUGGGAAAAUUGUUAUAAUUUAAAAAUUAUUGUUGGACAUGUAGUUCAUCAAUGGAUUGAAAUUUCCUUGGGCUCACCCGCACCCUUUAAUUACCUGCCUUCAGCGUGUAAAUAUCGUCAUUGCAAACAUAUAAGACGUUGAUGCUCCUACACCCACACCCACUAGACUCACUUAACCUUGUCUUUUUGUAACCACAAUAACUUUUAUACAGUCAUAAAUUAUUGGUGUAUUCUUUGAUUAUUAUUAUGAAUAACUUGUUCAGAUUGGUAGCUUGGUAUAUUUGAUUUUCCCUUUUAAGGAAUGAAUUAUUCUACUAUGUUCUAGAUCACUGAAGCAGUUAUUACAACUGCAUGACUGGGCAUAAGAAAUUGGCAGUAUCUUGUGUACCAGAAUGUUAUCACUUAUUAACAAAUCUCGAGUAGGAGCUGUUAUUUAAUAUUUUUGUAGUUGCUAGUGCUUUAAGAUUAAAGCCUAAUCAAUAAUGCAAUGUCCCAAUCAAAGUAAUGCCAUGGUAAUCCAAUCAGAGCAUGGAGUACUAUAUCUGCUUACAUUUUCAACUGGUCUAAGAUGGUGACAAAGUCUUGUAAGAUGGGAAUUCCUAAUUUUCCUAUUGGUAUAGAAAAUUUAAAAAAAUCAAAUCAACAGCUUCAAAACUAACUGGUAAUCUACAAUUGAAUAAAAACUAAACUAAUUAGUGUUUUUUUUUUUUAUUUAUUUUGUGAAACUGUUGUUCAUCAUACUACUUUAUAAUAAAUACCCAUAGUUGUUUCAGGAGUUUGAUUUAAAAAAUGAUUCAGGAAUUGAAGCAAUAUGAAAUUGUAAAGAAAUAAAACUGUUGGAAUCAUGUAUGUUCAGCUCAUAUAUUAUAUGUCCAGAAGCAAAUACACUGUUCAAAUGAAAUGUUCUGAUUCUCAG